GUUUUUAUUUCAGCCUCGUGUUACGGCUCCAUCACAGCUGGAGCUUCCCACACAUGCUUGUCUCCACACACGGAUCAGACAGUGUGAAGAAAGACACCGAGUUUGGAGACUAGAGUUUGAAGACUGAGGCACAGUGUUGUGUGGACGUUCAUUACCUGUUUGGAUUCUACAGUUUGGACGUUGCAUUUUGGUAAAAAAAUCUGCUUGGGAGUUCAAUUUUGGACAUUGUGGAUUGGGGAAGCAAUAGUCAGUGGACUCUGGAGAUUGGACAUUGUGGCAUGGAUAGCCUUUUUUGGACAAUAGAGUUUGGAUACUGAAGUAUGGAUAGUGAGUACCUUUCUGAGCGUUAGAGUUUGAAUAUUGGAGUAUGGAUAGACAGUUCCUUUUUAGACACUUUAUUUAUAUUGAAUUAUGACUAUACAGUAUCUCAGUGGAAAGAUUUGGAAAGGAAACCUUGGAGUAGGAUAUUGAUAAGGAAAGGAUAUUGGAGUAUGGAUAUUAGGAGUCUCCUUGGAGUAUGCAUAGAGUUUGAAUAUAGGAACACAUAGGAAUAUUCAAUAGAGUCUGAAUAUUGGAAAAGAGAUAAUCAGUAUAUCUUUGUACAUUAGAUUUUGUACAUUGUAGUAUGAAUAUUUAUUUUCAUAUUGGACACUUGAGUUUUAAUAUUGGAGUAUGGAAAGCCAGUGUGUUGUCUGGCAAUAGAGUCUGGAUACUGGAGCAUGAAUAUUAGGUAUCCGCUUGGAUAUACAGUAUCUCUUUGGAAACAAGAGUUUUUGAUAUUGAAGUAUCGACCGUAGUUUAGACAUUGAUGUAGAGAUAGUCAGACAUUAGCGGUUGACUUUUGGAAAAUGACUACUAGAUACUUCAUUGGACAGCUGGUGUCUCUUUGGAGACUUGUGUUUUGAUAUUGGUGUAUGAAUAGUGAAUGUUUAGACAUUAGAGUUUGGAUAUUGUAGUAUUAAUAUGAGCUCCUUUUGGAAACUAGUGUUGAGGCAUUAAUUGUUAGUAUCUCUGUCUAAUUUGGCUCUUGACCAUUAGAUUCAGACAUUGAAAUAUAAAUACUCUGACAAUUUCUUAGAUAUUGGUGAAUGAAUAACCAGUAUCUCUUCAGAGACUAUAGUUUAGAUAUUGGCAUAUGAAUAACCAGUAUCUCUUCAGAGACUAUAGUUUAGAUAUUGGCAUAUGAAUAACCAGUAUCUCUUCAGAUAUGAGAGUUUGGAUAUUGGAAUAUGAAUAUCCAGUACCUCUUUAGAGACUACAGUUUGGGUAUUGAAGUAUGAAUAGCCAGUAUCUCUUUAGAGAAUAGAGUUUGGAUAUUGCAUUAUAAAUAGACAGUAUCUUUUUAGAGACUAAAAUUUGAUUAUGGGAGUAUGAAUAGCCAGUAUCUCUUUAAACAUGAGAGUUUGGAUAUUAGAGUAUGAAUAUCCAGUAUCUCUUUAGAGACUAGAGUUUGGAUAUUGGAUUAUGAAUAGACAGUAUCUUUUUAGAGACUAAAAUUUGGAUAUGGGAGUUUGAAGAGCCAGUAUCGCUUUAGAGACUACAGUUUGGACAUUGGAGUAUGAAUUGCCAGUACCUCUUUAGAGACCAGUAUUUGGCUAUUGAAAUAGGAAUAGCCAGUACCUCUUUAGCAUCUUUUCAGAGAGUAGAGUUAUUGAGGUAUUGAGUACUGCUACAAUUGGUAUCUUUUUAGAAACUAGUACUUGGAUGUAGCCUGAUACAAAUUUAGCUACAGGAAGUUGAAAAAGGAUACCAUCAUAUGUAGAGCUGUUAAGACAUUGAGAUCAUUAGCACUUGAGGGAAAUACAAGCCACCUACAUACAUGCAUGAUUAUAUUUAGUCAUUCAAAGUGUAUACUGUACAUACUCACCCAUUAACUAACCACAGAUUUUUUAGAAAAGUAAAAAUUCCCUGUAUACAUUUGCAGAGUUGAAUGGCACCAUGGAUGAUAUGUGAUCUCUGAUCAAAGACACACAUGCCAAAUUUAUUCUAAGGCGGAUACACUGAGGAGCUUUGGCUUGCUUUUGGAGAGGGUGUGCUUUAGCAUGCUCACUGUGAGUUUGGAAGUAAUGCUGUAAACCGCAGUGAGGGUUAGCAAUAGCGUAUGUAGAAUAUAGACGGGUUUCAUACUCCGGUGUGGAAAAGCAUGGAGACGUGACACCGCAGCCAUGCUGUGCGGUUUACGGAGAGAAGGCCGCAAUGAUGACGGCCCUUAUUCAAAAGGGAAUAAAGACUGCGCAGCCAAUGACAGCAGUGUGGUCUCAAAGAGGCGCAGCAUUCCAGAUGAGAUUCGAGGUCUGACCACAGUGGAGCUGAUAAAGAGAGAAGGCUCCAGUCUCGGCCUCACCAUCUCUGGAGGCUCGGACAAAGACGGCAAGCCUCGAGUGUCAAACCUUAGACCAGGAGGCCUGGCAGCCAGUCUGUGUGCUAAUCUCAGGAGUGACCAGCUGAACAUGGGCGACUACAUAAAGUCAGUGAACGGCAUCAACCUGUCCAAACUGCGGCACGACGAGAUCAUCAGCAUGCUGAAGAACAUUGGAGAGAGGGUGGUGCUGGAAGUCGAGUAUGAGCUACCUCCUCUCGCUCCCAGCAAUCCGAGCAGCGUCAUCUCCAAAACCAUAGAGGUGUGUUUGGAAAAAGAAGGCAACAGUUUUGGCUUCGUGCUCCGAGGUGGGUUUCAUGAGGACUGGCAUAAGGCUCGUCCUCUAGUGGUGACCUACGUCAGACCUGGGGGCCCUGCAGACAGGGAGGGGACUCUGCGUGUAGGGGAUCGGGUGUUGAGUGUAAACGGUGUGGCUCUAAACCGACGGAAACAUGCUGACGCUCUCACUCUGCUCAUGCAGAGCAGCCAGGAAGCUUAUUUCCUCAUCGAGUACGACAUCACGGUCAUGGAGUCAGUGCAACAGUCUUCAGGUCCUCUGCAGGUGGAGAUCAUGAAGAGCGCCGGCUCUGUGCUGGGACUGAGCCUCACCACUGCCCUCUACAGGAACAAACAUGUCGUUACAAUCCAGAAAAUCAAGCCUGCCAGCGUUGCAGAGAGGUGUGGUGCUCUGCAUGUAGGUGAUAUCCUCUUGGCUAUAGAUGGCAUGAGCACUGAGCACUGUUCUUUAAUGGAAGCUCAGCAGCUGCUGGCCAACUCCUCAGAGGUCACCAAACUGGAGAUCCUGCCUUCUCCACACAGCCUACAUGACACGGUGCGUGUCCAGAGGAGCAGCCAGCGUCAGUGGGAGUCUGGUGUGAACUACCUCAGUGCCCCUGCACCCACCCACAGCAAAGCCCCAUCAACCUGGAGCAACACCACCCCUACACACUCUCACUGCACAUCUGUGGCAUCAGGUAGCUCGUCUCACACGUCAGGCUUUCACAGCGGUAAGAGCGGUUCUGUGUAUCCAAGCCCGUACCCCUGCAGCACUCUGCCAGCAUACCCCUCGAGCCCGCGCAGCACCACCAUCAGGAGGAAACCCAGGAGAACCGAGCACAAGAGCUCAUUGUCUCUCUCCAGCACGGUGGGUGUUGGUGGUCAGGUGGUGCAUGUUGAGAAUAAUGAGGUGGUGCUGAGAGGAGACCCACUCACGGGCUUUGGCCUGCAGCUCCAGGGAGGAGUGUUUGCCACGGAGCCGCUGUCUGCACCCGCCUGCAUCCGAUUCAUAGAGCCAGACUCACCUGCUGAAAGGUGUGGAGUGCUGCAGGUUGGAGACAGAAUCCUGUCUAUAAAUGGAAUCCCAACUGAUGACGGAACACUGGAGGAGGCCAAUCAGCUUCUCCGAGAUGCAGCUCUGUCCAAUCAGGUCACACUAGAAGUCGAGUUUGAUGUCGCAGAAUCUGUAAUCCCGAGCAGUGGUACGUUUCACGUGAAGCUGCCGAAGAAGCGUGGGGUGGAGGUGGGCAUUACUAUCAGUGCCAGCAAGAAGCCAGGCCGGCCUCUGAUCAUCUCUGAGAUAAAGAGAGGGAGCAUUGCUCACAGAACAGGUACACUGGAGCCUGGUGAUCGUUUGCUGGGCAUAGACAACGUAAAACUCGAGAACUGUGGAAUUGACGAGGCGAUGGCGGUCCUCCAGCAGGCUGAGGACAUGGUCAGACUGCGCAUUCAGAAAGACGAGGACAACUUAGAUGAGCUGGAGUCGUCCGGCUCUGUGAUUUUCACUGUGGAGCUGAAGAGACACGGAGGUCCUCUGGGAAUCACCAUUUCUGGUACUGAGGAACCUUUUAACCCGAUCCUCAUCUCCAGCCUGACCCGUAAUGGUCUCGCACACAGGACUGGGGCUCUUCACGUUGGUGACCGCGUGUUAGCCAUUAAUCACGUGAGUCUAAAGGGGAAGCCACUGAGUGAAGCCAUCCAUCUGCUGCAGACUGCUGGAGAUGCUGUGACACUCAAGAUCAAAAAACGAACUGAGCCUGUGUUUGAGUCAGACUCUGGCAGCCCUCAGAGGGCGGGAUCUUGUCUGAGUGACACUGAAGACGACCACUCUGAUUCACUCAGACGCUGUAAACAUUCUGGUCUUCGUCACCUAGCCACGCCCCCCAGCCUGGACUCAGCCAUGGACUCGUGGGAUGGCUCCGCCCACGAUGCCGGCUAUGGGAGUCAAGGGGCCUACAUCCAUCGGUCAUCUGACCUGACCAUCCACCCUAAUGAGUGGAGACGAAAUAAUCAACGGAGCCCAAUGGCCUCCAGAAGACUUACCCACCGUGCUGCAGUGCAUGAUGGGAAAUUGGGAGAGGAAGACUGGAAAUACCAUGGAUCCGUUAGCCCCAUGCGUUGCCGUGGCAACACCGACACUCAGGAGAGCUACUGGUCGCAAGCCCUGCAGGACCUGGAGACGUGCGGCCAAUCAGAAAUUCUCAGAGAGCUGGAGGCCACCAUGAUGUCAGGCAGCACACUGAGUUUGGGGGACGAGAGUGAGGUCUGUAACGACGGUGAAAUCAAAUUUCCAGCAGUGAAACUGAAGCAGUGCUGGGAUUGCAGCCCAGAAACAGAGCUCAAUGACUCGAACACCACCGUGCCGUUAGAGCUACACAAGAUCUGUGUGUUGAAGGAUGAAGAAAGCAGGGAUUUUGGCUUCAGUGUCUCUGAUGGCUUGUUGGAGAAGGGUGUGUAUGUGAACAUGAUCCGUCCGGAUGGUCCUGCAGACCAGGCGGGUUUACAGCCAUACGACCGCAUUCUUCAGGUGAAUCACGUGCGCACCCGGGACUUUGACUGCUGCUUAGCCGUGCCUCUGAUUGCCGAGGCGGGAGAUCAGCUCCAGCUUGUUAUCAGCAGGAACCCUCUCACACAGGCACCUCAGUGGUCCCCUGCAGACAGCCAGGACCCCUCGGACACACUUCCUACUCUCUCUGUCCACAGCCCAAAAAAGACAGAACUCGGGCCUGAGAUGGUGCCACUGAGCAGCAGUUUACUAUAGUCUCUAUCUCUCUCCCCCUCUCUCUCUCACACACAUGCACACACACACACACACACACAUACAUGUGCACUUCUUUUAUUUCACUUCUUACACAAUUUAAACCACUUUCACACAUCAUUAACAAUUUUUGCUACAUGUAGGUUUUGUCUGUUUCCAUGACACCACUUUUUGAAAAUAAUUUAAGUUAAUCACCAAAUUCACUCAUACACACUGUCAUUUUUGUCACUGAUAUGCACAACUCUACACUUUACUCUGCUUUGGUCUUGGGUCCAUUUUCAUUUUAAAUUAUAUUCAGUUCCCUCACUGUUUUAGGUUCACACACACACACACACACCUGUACAUCUGCACAACUGCACACGUAAACUUUCACAAACAUUAGUUUAUAGUGUCUUGGAGCAUUUUAUAUGGUUAUAAAGAAUAUGACUCACAAACAGAGAGAGAAAGGAGAUACACACUCACCUUGAAAGUUUAUAAAGACCAAUUAUUUAUUAGUGGAUCAUGUUUUUAAAAAAUUACACAGAUUUUCCUGCCAACAUUUACACACUCUGAAUUAUUGUUUUCUUUUAUGUGCAAAUAAUUUAAGGUGCAGCUUUAAUGUGUGUAAAACAGAUUUCUGUAUAUCUUGUAUCCUGUUAAAGUUGGCUUGACAGACCUAGAUUGAGACUAAAAUUAUUUUAAAAUUAGGAGUAAUAUGUAUAUGGAGAAGUGUAAGUGUGUGUGUGCGUGUGUGUGUGCGCGUCUCUUUACACUGUAAAGAACACUGUCCAGAGUGACACAGUGGUGUGUUUUCUCAUGAGAAACCAAGGCUUUGAUCACAUCUGGUCAUUUUAUACUCGAGUAAUUGUGUGAUAAGUCUGUUAAAGUGUGAGAUUAGUUUUAACUGUAACUCUUUUAAAAGUGGGACAAAUUUACCCGGUCAGUGUUUUUACCCACAUUCCUUUACUAUCCCAUACACCACAUCACAAGUGUCUGAGUGUAAUAACUGAUAACAUGUAUAUGUAAAUGAAUGCUUUUAUUAUUGGAUGCAAAAAGUUUCCUUUUUAAACAAAAUAAAGAAUGAUAAGCCA